AUGGAAAAGAAUUACACUUAAUUAAUUUUAACUGAAUUAGAGUAAAAUGGUGAAAUCCCUGAUACUCUAUUAUUGGCAAAGAAAUUUGAAAUUGAACAUCAAGAAUUAGUUGGUUAUUUAAAUUCUUUGCUUUUAGAGAACUACAUUACUUAAGAAGUUAAGGAAAUUUAAAGAUGGGUACUUUUAUAAGAAGGUUUAGAUAAUGUUACUAAUGGCACUCCCGAAUUCAGAGUGUUCUAGGGUAUCCCUGCUGAAGGUAUUUCAAAGAAUGAUUUAGAAGCUAAAUUUGAUCCCAAUGUUUUCAAGUUCGGUUUAUAAAAUGGUAUGAAAAAGAAGUGGUUCAAGAUUAAGGACGGUCUUAUUCAAAAAGAAGUAGCUGAAGUAGUCGAUGAAGAUGCUGUUCUUUUAAAAAGAAUUGAAUCUAACAGCAAUUUGGAAGAUAUUAAAAAGGACGUUUUCGAUAAUCUUAAGAAGAGAAAGAUUAUUUCUUAGGAAGUUAUCAAAUAUUUCAAAAUUAAUAAAGGUGCUGAAUUCAAGCCCAUUUAUGUUGAACUUGAAUCUGAUUUAACUUAUGAUAUGGUUAAGAACUACGAUGAUUUUGUCAAGAAUGAAGAUGGAACAAUUAAAUCAAAUACUGAACUCGCUAAAUAAUUCAAAAAAUAUAAUUGGAAUUCUGUUGGUAAAGAUAUAAAAACUGGUAACUUGCAUCCUUUGAUGAAAGUCAGAAAAUAAUUCAGAGAAGUUCUUAUUGAAAUGGGAUUCGAAGAAAUGGCUACCAACCAAUAUGUUGAAAGUGGUUUCUGGAACUUCGAUGCCCUUUUCUAACCUUAAUAACAUCCUGCCAGAGAUGCUCACGAUACUUUCUUCAUUAGAGAACCUGCUCACAGCAAGAAUUUAGAUCCUGAAUACUGGGAAAGAGUUAAGAAAACUCACGAAGUAGGUGGUUAUGGAUCUAUUGGUUAUCGUUAUGAUUGGAGUUAUGAUGAAGCCAAAAAGAACAUCUUCCGUACUCACACAACUGCUGUUUCAUCUAAAAUGUUAAGACAAAUUGCCAUCGAAUAUGCUAAGGACGGCGUUUUCAAACCUAGAAAAUUCUUCUCUAUUGAUAGAGUCUUCAGAAAUGAAAGCUUAGAUGCUACUCACUUGGCUGAAUUCCAUUAAAUUGAAGGUGUUAUCGCUGAUAAGAAUGUUGGUCUUGGUGAACUACUUGGAGUUAUUACUGAAUUCUUUGCUAAAAUAGGUAUUACUGGCUUGAAGUUUAAGCCCACAUAUAACCCAUACACAGAACCAUCCUUGGAAAUUCAUGGUUUCCAUCCUGGUUUGAAUAAAGUCAUUGAAUUAGGUAACAGUGGUGUUUUCAGACCUGAAAUGUUACGUCCCAUGGGAUUACCAGAAGAUAUUUAAGUUUUAGGUUGGGGUCUUGGUUUAGAAAGACCUACAAUGAUAUAAUAUAAAUUCAAAAAUAUCAGAGAUCUUCUUGGUUACGGUGUAGAUAUGAAACUCCUUAAGGAAAAUCCUAUUUGCUGUUUCAAGAAUUGA